CUUGGUCUUCUUCUUAGUUUCUACAAACACGAAGUCAAGUCAAGUUAACCAAUCAUAUAAUUCCACGUAACCCGUUGCAGAUACUUUGUUUCCACGACUGAAACGACAAAGAAAUCGACUGCUGCAACAAAACAGUACACUCCGUCGUCCGCCGAAGGGAACUAAAGGUGUGCGGAGAUGGAGACAAGAGAGAAUGGCAAUGAAGGUGUAACGAUAUUGGAAGAAUGGAGUGGAUCUCCUUCCACUCAGCUCUUCAAAACUGCCACUAUUUCUGCCUCUCCUUCUCUCUCUGUAUACAGAUCUGCUAAUCGUUUCGGCCAUGUCUGGAGGCGAGUUCUUCAAGCAUUUGUACCCGAGGGUUUUCCUAGCAGUGUGACUUCGGAUUAUGUCUCUUUUCAAGUAUGGGAUACUUUGCAGGGGCUCUCAACAUACAUAAGGACUAUGCUUUCAACUCAAGCUCUCUUGAGUGCCAUUGGGGUUGGAGAGAAAUCUGCCACUGUUAUUGGUGCCACAUUUCAGUGGUUCUUGAGGGAUUUAACUGGAAUGCUGGGAGGUGUUUUAUUCACUUGCUAUCAGGGCUCAAAUCUGGAUAGUAAUGCUAAAAUGUGGCGCUUGGUUGCUGACCUUAUGAAUGAUCUGGGAAUGCUAAUGGACCUUCUUUCUCCUUUGUUUCCAUCAGUGUUUAUUCUUGUCGUUUGCUUAGGGAGCUUAUCAAGGUCAUUUACUGGUGUUGCAAGUGGAGCAACUAGAGCUGCUUUGACUCAGCACUUUGCUCUCCAGGAUAAUGCAGCUGAUAUAUCUGCCAAGGAAGGAAGUCAAGAGACAAUGGCGACAAUGAUUGGCAUGGCAAUUGGAAUGCUUCUUGCUCAUGUUACAAUGGGAAACCCCCUAGCCAUUUGGUUUUCGUUUCUUUCUCUCACCAUCUUUCACAUGUAUGCUAACUACAGAGCUGUUCGCUGUCUUGUGUUGACUUCAUUAAACUUUGAGAGGAUCUGUAUCCUUCUGAAACAUUUUAUAGAGACUGGUCGAGUUCUCUCCCCUGAACAGGUGUCUUAUAUGGAGCAUGUUUUACCCUUGUGGGCAACUUUAUGGAAGUCAAAGAAUGCUAAGUUACUGAUAAAAAACAUACAGUUAGGUUCAAGGGUUUCUUCACUUGAUCACGUGGAAAUGAUGGACCUUUUGCAUUCUGCUAGAUCUUCAAAUAAGAAAGCUAAGUACUUAUUAAUCAAGAGAAAGCAUAUCAUCAAUGUGAUCAUGCAUAAAGAUGCAACAGCUACAGAUGUCCUACAGUCGUAUAUUCAUGCACUUGUUCUGGGGAACUUCAUGAAUGGAAGCAAAGCUUUACAUUCAGAGAGCCUAUCAUGGAUGGAUAAGCAUUAUGAAGUUUUUAUUCAGAAGCUGAAAUCAGCUGGUUGGAAGACAGAGCGACUUCUUUCUCCUUCCAUCACUUGGAGGGCAAAUUGGAUCUCUCAGCCAUUGGAUGAAAAGCAUGACUAGGUAACAUCACAAGUGCAUCCCAUAAAAUUAUUAAAGAAAAAAGGCUACCUGAUUGCCCUUCCAAUUUUUGCAAAAGUACAUUUUGGAGGCCUCUAUUUGUCUUGGAUAAGAGGUGAAAUUCUGUCGAGAUCUAUUCCCGGUGACUGAGUGUCUUAUCUUUUGUGUCUCAAUAAAUUUGGGUGCUUCCUCGGUUCCCAUUCUUAUCUUCAUUGUUUGGGAGCGAGGUGAAAUUCUGUCGAGAUCUAUUCCCGGUGACUGAGUGUCUUAUCUUUUGUGUCUCAAUAAAUUUUGGUGCUUCCUCGGUUCCCAUUCUUAUCUUCAUUGUUUGGGAGCGAGGUUUCAAUGAAAGUCUGAUUUCCAGAUCCUAAUCCAUAACCUCACAGUAAAGUUUGAUAUGUUAUCAUUAAGAACUUUUUAAAUAGGUACCCGUACCCCAAUACUUUACUGGGUUUGCUUCUUUGGCAGUUUGGCAGUAAACUUCUACUGUUAUAAUACAAAGAUGUAACUUAUGUGGUAUAAAGCAAAGAAGAUAGAGAUGAUCCAAUACUUUUUUUCAAA